AUGGUGCCACCGCUUCGCCCGGCGCUCCGGGCGAGCCCGGGGCCCCCACCGCCUCUGCUGUUCGGGCUGUUGCUGCUACUGCUGCAGCUGGGUAGGGGUCUGCGCGCCGAGGACAGCAGCGCCAUGGAGGAGAUAGCCACCGAGAAGGAGGCGGAGGAGAGCCACCGGCAGGACAGCGUGAGCCUCCUGACGUUCAUCCUGCUCCUCACCCUCACCAUCCUCACCAUCUGGCUCUUCAAACACCGCCGGGUGCGCUUCCUGCAUGAGACCGGCCUGGCUAUGAUCUAUGGACUCAUUGUUGGGGUGAUCCUACGAUAUGGCAUUCCUGCUACCAGUGGCCAUGAUAAGUCUCUCAGCUGUUCUCAGGAAGAUAGGCCAUUCAGUACUCUGCUGGUCAAUGUCAGUGGGAAGUUCUUCGAGUAUACAUUAAAAGGAGAAAUUAGCCCCGGAAAGAUCAACAAUGUUGAGCAGAAUGACAUGCUGAGAAAGGUAACUUUUGAUCCAGAAGUAUUUUUCAAUAUUUUGCUGCCUCCAAUUAUUUUCCAUGCUGGAUAUAGUUUAAAGAAGAGACACUUUUUCAGGAAUCUUGGGUCUAUUCUGGCUUAUGCUUUCUUAGGGACUGCUGUCUCCUGUUUCAUUAUUGGGAAUCUCAUGUAUGGAGUGGUAAAGCUCAUGAAGCUAGUAGGACAGCUCUCUGACAAAUUUUACUACACAGAUUGUCUCUUGUUUGGAGCAAUUAUCUCAGCCACUGAUCCAGUGACUGUACUGGCCAUAUUUAAUGAACUACAUGCUGAUGUGGACCUCUAUGCCCUUCUGUUUGGAGAAAGUGUCCUAAAUGAUGCUGUGGCCAUAGUGUUAUCCUCGUCUAUUGUUGCCUACCAGCCAACUGGGUUGAAUACGCAUGCUUUUGAUGCUGCAGCGUUCUUUAAAUCCGUAGGUGUGUUCCUGGGAAUAUUCAGUGGCUCCUUUGCCAUGGGAGCAGUGACUGGAGUCGUGACAGCUCUAGUGACCAAGUUUACCAAACUUCACUGCUUCCCCCUGCUGGAGACUGCUCUCUUUUUCUUAAUGUCCUGGAGUACCUUCCUUUUAGCAGAAGCUUGUGGGUUUACAGGUGUUGUUGCUGUCCUUUUCUGUGGAAUUACCCAGGCUCAUUACACCUACAACAACCUGUCAGUGGAGUCAAGAAGUCGAACCAAGCAACUUUUUGAAGUGCUCCACUUCCUGGCAGAGAACUUCAUAUUCUCCUACAUGGGCUUAGCCCUGUUCACCUUCCAGAAACACAUUUUCAGCCCUAUAUUCAUCAUUGGAGCUUUUAUUGCCAUCUUCCUGGGAAGAGCUGCCCACAUUUAUCCUCUCUCCUUCUUCUUGAAUCUGGGGAGAAGACAUAAGAUCGGCUGGAACUUUCAGCAUAUGAUGAUGUUUUCAGGCCUUCGGGGAGCAAUGGCUUUCGCUCUGGCCAUUCGGGACACUGCGACCUACUCUCACCAGAUGAUGUUCUCCACCACUCUCCUGAUCGUCUUCUUCACGGUUUGGAUCAUCGGUGGAGGCACAACCCCCAUGUUGUCGUGGCUGAACAUAAGAGUCGGUGUCCAGGACCCAUCAGAAGACGAUCUCAAUGAAACCCGCUGGAGGUAUUUCAGAGUUGGAGUUGAUCCAGAUCAAGACCCACCACCCAGCAAUGACAGCUUUCAAGUCUUACAGGGGGAUGGUCCAGAUGCUGCAAGAGGAAACCGGACAAAGCAGGAAAGUGCCUGGAUAUUCAGGCUGUGGUAUAGCUUUGACCACAAUUACUUGAAGCCUAUUCUCACUCACAGUGGACCACCGUUAACUACAACCCUCCCAGCAUGGUGUGGCCUGCUAGCUCGAUGCCUGACCAGCCCACAGGUAUAUGAAAAUCAGGAACAACUGAGAGACGAAGACUCUGACUUUAUACUGAAUGAUGGAGAUCUCACUCUCACCUAUGGAGACAGCACCAUCACGGCGAAUGGCUCCUCAGGCUCCCACACGGCCACCACGAGCCUUGAGGGCCGGAGAACCAAGAGCAGCUCAGAGGAGGCACUAGAACGAGACCUGGGAAUGGGAGACCAUGAAGUUUCCAGCAGAGGCACCCGCCUGGUAUUUCCUUUGGAAGACAAUGCAUGACCCCCAAAUUCCUAAAGCAUAAGGGUAGGCCCAUAGCCAGGAUAAAGAGGGGUUACAGGCCCUCAUGUUAUUUGUGGUGGAGGAUGCUCAGUGACCAGAACUAACACUUGUAUUACCAGUGGUUUUAUUGAGGUCUGAAGAUCCAAACCUUAAUGUGACUCCCUUCCCCACUCCCCAAAAAAAGUUAAUUAAAAAUGCAGAUGGUGGGGUUAAAUGUCUCCAAAUCAAGACAAAUAUGAACCUAUUCCCACUUUCUUACACAGUAGUACACUGAAUCUUUUUUUUUAAAUAGCAUGCUGUAAUGGUCUAUUAACUCAUUCAUCUGCAGUCCUUGAGCUAAAGAGAGGCAAAUGGGGGGAGGGGGGCUACCCCUAAAGAUGAUUCAGGUUGCUAAUUUAUAUCAGGUUUUUCUUGGGCUGCAAAGUGGGAGGUAGGGGAAAACAGGAUCUAGGUGGAAGGAAGUAGAGCAUGGACCUCCAAGUGAUGGGAAAACCAGUGUUUGUUUCACGUGUAAAGAAACAGUAUAAAAUGGCAGCUCCAGAGCCUGGGGUUAUACAAACAUCUUAUUCUGGGAUUCAUGACUUUGAAAGCCCGCUAUAUUUCAUCAUGAGAAAAGAAUGAAAAGGAGGCAUAGUUUCUCUGGAUGCUUUCAUGAAAAAGAUGUUUAGUGUUCCUGGAGUGUUUGAAACCAAAGGCAAAGUUAAGGCACAUUGUGGGAAAGGAAGGGGAAAUUGUUUUGGUUUUUGUUUUAACUAACAUAGAAUCAGGAGAUGUUUGGAAAAGGGAAAAGACUUCCAAGCUCUUGGAAGCCCACAGCAGGCCCGACUUCUAGAAUCUAAUCCUGAGCUAUGUUAACUGCAGGGAAUAUAAAGAUUGACUUGGCUAUUCUCUUGCUCUAUAAUGAAUGACUUGGACAUUAAGGAAGCUUAGGGGAAGAAGAGGAUAAAGGACCUUCUAGUGGAUAAGAGGAAUUUGAUUUAGGGAGAGAAAAUAUGGAAAUGGGAUGGGACAAAAUAGAUUUCACAGCACAAGAAGUAUACUGCAAUGAAAAGUUUUCUAAAGGACCAUCGAAUCUCUCUUAAUAUUUUCUGAAUUGAUAAAUGUCUGAGAUGCUUGCAACAGCAUGGCUAGUUAACUGGAGGGCUGAAAUUCUUAGGAACUGAUACGAGGGUAGAGAAGUUUUGAAAGAUGCCCUUUCUUUUAUCUAAAUAAUACCUAUACUGAGGGAGCAUUGCCUGCUACAGGAUUAAAAGACUUUAUCAUCUUGGUCAUCUUCACACCACUUAGUGUCAUGGUAAGAAAAAAAAGAGGGCAGUACUCUUGGUACCUAAGGAGACUAACAUCUUAUUGUGUGAAUGGUUGUUGUUUUUUCUUUUUUUUCUUUUUUUGGUAAUAGUAUGAUUUUUUUCUAUAUGAUCUCUACCACCUGUCAAAGACAUCUAAAAGGACCGAAAUACCAAAAGAAUUCUCUGCAGGAAUAUAAAUUUUUCUCCCAUCUUUCAGCUUUCAUUCUAGAAUAUUUAAGAAUCCCGUUUAUUUAAAUGUACUGAGAACACAUCAGGUUUUUUUUUUAUUACUUGAAGUAAAUUAGUUUCCCAUUACACUGUAAAUUAUCUUUACCUGGUUUUUCAUAGCGGGUACUCAUAAAGUGGGGCAUUCAUCAUAGCCCCAUAGAGUUUCAGAAUUAAAAAUGAAACCUGAGUUUCGGAGCAUUCAAAAUUAUUUUAUAAAUGUUAUUUAUUGUUAAGGUAGAGUCUGGACAUGUAGCAUUUAAUGCUUAAAAUAAGAAACUACCUCCUCAGUCAUGUCCCUUCAAUAGAAGAACAUCUGGUAAGACUGUGAUAGAUGAACCUUCAUCUCUAUGCUUUUGAAAGAACCUUAAUGGAAUUCAAAAUCGGAUAUUAUAGCUACUUCUGUAGGCAGCCUGGACAGUCAGUAAAGUACUUGAGCUACAACACCAAUAGUCACACUAAGCAGAUUUCUCAGAAAAUCUUUGGCAGUGCAGAGUUUCUCUUGUGGUGUCUUGCUACCCAAUUAGAGCUGUCAAGCAGGACAGCAGCAUGAAUGGCUGUGUGUGUGCAGCUUGGUACAAAGGGCCAACACAGAAUCUUUUCCCUGUAAGGCACAGUCUUACCUAAAGACAAGCCCCCUAACUAGCUUUUCUACUGUGCUAGGUUUUUGUUUUGUUGUUUUCCAAGCCUCUUACACCUCGAAUUCACUGUCUAUUCAUUUAAAUUAAUAUUAGAAGGAAGGAACACUCUGGCAAACAACAUCCUGAGGGCAGGAUGGGCCUUACUUCAAACAAACCUGCUCACACCAAGGCCUCACUGCCAUUAAUGGUAUGGAGUUACUACUGUCUUAAAUUUCUAGGAAAAGUUACUGUUAAUUACAGGAAAUUGCCAUAGUGGGGAAAAACCUUCUGAGUUUCUGCCUUCAUAAUCGUGAAUUCAUCUGUGCCUCAAAUACAUAUACAAAAGAUC